AUGUGUGUUCCAUUCAUAUACUAUCAGGAUUGUUUGACUUUGUUGGGGAAAUUUUCGGAGGGUGGCGUCAAAAUGGAAUGUGUUCAGGGCCGUGAUCGUAUUGAGUGUUUGGAUAUGAUCCAUCAGGGUAAGGCUGAUGUUUUGGCUGCCGAACCGGAGGAUAUGUAUGUGGCCUAUCAUACGAAAAAUAAAGAUUACAAAGUAAUAUCUGAAAUUCGUACCGAGGAGGAUAAGGAUGCUCCAUUCCGCUAUGAGGGCAUUAUUUUGGUUAAGAAAAACUCGAAUAUCCACAGUCUCAAGGAGUUGCGUGGUGCCAAAUCCUGUCACACUGGAUUUGGUCGCAACGUUGGCUAUAAAAUUCCCAUUACAAAGUUGAAAAAUGAUGGCGUUUUAGAGGUGUCAAAGGAUCCUGAACUUACGGCCACAGAACGUGAGCUGAAAGCCUUAUCGGAAUUCUUUUCGCAAUCGUGUUUGGUCGGUACCUAUUCGCCAUAUGCCGAAACAGAUCAGAUGUUGAAGAAAAAAUAUUCCAAUUUGUGUGCCUUGUGUGAGAAACCCGAACAAUGUAAUUAUCCGGAUAAGUUUUCGGGCUAUGAUGGUGCCAUUCGCUGUCUGGACAAGGGCAAGGGUGAGGUGGCCUUUACCAAAGUGCAGUUUAUUAAGAAAUAUUUUGGACUGAUACCCGGCGUUAAAGCAGAAGGUGAUCCCAGUGAUUUCGAAUAUUUGUGUGAAGAUGGCAGUAGACGUCCCCUGGAUGGUCCAGCCUGCUCUUGGGCUCAACGUCCAUGGUCUGGUUAUAUUGCAAAUAGCGAAUCCAUUCAAGGUGAACAACAAUUCCAUAAUUUACAAAAUCGUUUGGAAAAAUUCUUUGAAAAUGCGGUGCGUGGUGAGAACAAGGGUGUAGCCCCCUACUUUUUGAUCAAUAAGGAUGCUGUGUACUAUAAGAAACCCGAAGCUGUCGAUCCUCAAGAAUAUUUGGAAAAGGCUGGUUAUAAAGAUGUCAUUGAACGUGAUGGUUCGGAAUUGAGAAAAAUGAGAUUGUGUGUCCAAUCCGAUAUUGAAUUUGACAAAUGUAAUGCCAUGCAGCGUGCUGCCUACUCCCGUGAUAUCAGACCUGAAAUCGAAUGUGUCAGGGAGGCGAAUUGCAUUUCAGCUGUUGCCGAGGGCAGGGCUGAUAUGUUAGCGGUUCCGGCCAGUCAAUACAAAGCCGCCAGGGAAGCAAAACUUGAACCCAUUGUCUAUGAAGCCUAUGACGAUAAUGAUGUCUAUGUUGUAUUGGUCGAUCCAAAGUUGACUAAAGAGGAUCUCAAAACGAAACCUGUUUUCUUUGAUCCAAGUAACAUACGUGAAGCUAAAGCUGCAGCUUACCUCUAUUCUACGAGAGGUCUCAACGAAUGUCCCAGCAAACCCGGUGACGAUAAAUCUAUACAGAUUUUCAAUGCUAGGAACUUAGGCGGAAUCAAUGGUAAAAUUUUACUUUGCCCGGAUGGUGAAGAGAAACCACUUGAGGAAUGGGAAAAAUGCAAUUUCGAAGCUAAUUUACCGAACGCUGUAUUCAUCCGGGAUUCAAUGACCCCUGUCGAAAAGGAGACCCUGAAACAUUUAUUCAUUUCCUUGUCAGAUAAAUUUGGUAAAUUGCGUAAACUGACAGAUGUUUUCCAACUUUUCGGAAACUAUGCCCCGCACUAUGCCGAUGUGUUGUUCCGCAAUGAAGCUGUGAAAUUCGUUACCGAAUUGGAGAAGAAUAAACUUCCAAAUGAAGAGUUCUAUCAGAGCUUGCCAUCAACCGAGUUUUUAAUUAAAAAAUUACCCUUCACAGAUCGCAUGUGUGUCCCACAAAAAUACUAUGAGGAUUGUUUGAAUUUGCUAAAGGAUCCUUCAGAGGCUGGCAUCAAAAUGGAAUGUGUGGCGGGACGGGAUCGUAUCGAUUGUUUGGAUAUGAUUAAUCAACGUAAGGCUGAUGUUUUGGCCUCCGAACCGGAGGAUAUGUAUGUGGCAUAUCAUACGAAAAAUUCCGAUUAUAAAGUGAUAUCGGAAAUACGUACCAAGGAUGAUAAGGAUGCCCCCUUCCGUUAUGAGGGUGUUAUUUUGGUAAGGAAAAACUCAAAUAUCCACAGCCUUAAGGAUUUGCGUGGUGCCAAAUCCUGUCAUACCGGUUUUGGUCGUAAUGUUGGCUUUCGUAUCCCUGUGACAAAAUUGAAAAAUCAUCAUGUCUUGAAAGUUUCAAUGGAUCCCGACAUGACUGCCACCGAACGUGAAUUGAAGGCUUUGUCGGAAUUCUUCUCGCAAUCCUGUUUGGUGGGUACCUAUUCACCAUAUCCUGAAACGGAUCGUUUGUUGAAGAAAAAAUAUCCCAAUUUGUGUGCCUUGUGUGAGAAACCAGAGCAGUGUAAUUAUCCGGACAAGUUUUCGGGCUAUGAUGGUGCAAUUCGCUGUCUGGACAAGGGCAAGGGUGAUGUGGCCUUUACCAAAGUGCAGUUUAUUAAGAAAUAUUUUGGAAUGACUCCCGGUGUGACUGCUGAAGGUGAUUCCGCCAAUUUUGAAUAUUUGUGUGAAGAUGGUACACGUAGACCAAUUACUGGUCCGGCUUGUUCUUGGGCUCAACGUCCAUGGACUGGUUACAUAUCCAAUACCGAUGCCGUUCAGGGCGAACAAAAGUUCCAUAAUUUACAAAAACGUUUGGAGAAAUUUUUCGAAAAUGGUCUGCAUGCUGAAAAUAAGGAGGCCGCCUCACAUCUCUUGAUCAACCAAAAUGCCGUAUAUCACAGUAAACCAAAGGCUGUCGAUCCCAAGGAAUAUUUGGAGAAGGCUGGCUAUAAGGAUGUCAUUGAACGUGAUGGUUCCGCCAUAAGGAAGAUGAAGAUGUGUGUCCAAACCGAUAUGGAAAUGCAAAAAUGUGAUACAAUGCGUCGCGCCGCUUACUCACGUGAUAUACGUCCCGAAAUUGAAUGUGUCCAGGAGAGGGAUUGCAUCUAUGCCCUUAAGGAUAAAAAGGCUGAUAUGGUAGCUGUACGAGCCAGAAAUUAUAAGGAUGCACGUGAUGUCAAACUCAAGCCCAUUGUUUAUGAAGGUUAUGGUCAAAAUGAUGUCUAUGUUGCGGUGGUGGAACCCUCUCUCACCAAGGAUAAUUUACAAAAUUUGCCAGUAUUCUUCAAUGGCCAAGAUGAACGUGCCCACAAGGCAGCCGAUUAUUUGAAUAAAAUGCGUGGCAUCAAUACCUGCCAAACGACACCGUCAUCGGAAAAGAACAUUAUGAUUGUGAAUGCUCGCGAUUUGGAACAGCAUAAAAAUAAACAGCUGUUGUGUCCAAAUAAGGAUAAGAAGCCGGUUAGCGAUUGGCAAAAUUGCAACUGUGAAGCCAAUUUGCCUGUGGCCAUUUUCAUACGCGAUUCCAUGUCGCGUGUCGAACAGGAAACCUUGAAACAUUUGUUUUUAUCGCUGUCGGAUAAAUUUGGUAAAAAUGGAAAGGUACCAGAUGUUUUCGCCCUAUUUGGGGAGUAUAAAAAUCAACAUCAUGAUGUCUUGUUUAGCGAUAACGCUGUGGAAUUUGUCACCGAGCUGAAGAAUGAAAAUACCAGUGAACGUAUCUAUCAGGGUUUGUCGUGUGAUGGUAAUACAAUUACGAAGCAGUAA